CAAAAUCCUGGACCAAUUCAGUCUGGCAUCGAUCCUCAGUAUUUAGGAACGUAUGCUGGAAGCAGCAAUUAUGUAGCAGGACAACAAAACCAGGGCCAAUAUCUAAUCCCAAUGCAAAGGGAUCUUCAAGAAUGCAUGCAGCAAGAUUUUCAAGGUCAACAACGCUAUCAAGCUCAGAAUUAUCAAAAUAUUAUCCCAGAAACAUCAGAUGCAGUAGUUUAUAGUAAUUAUAUGAAUAAAAAUGUUGUCGGUGCUAUUAAACCUGUAAAGAAGUAUUCCAAUGAAUCGCUUUUAACACCGAAAGGAAAAUCUCAAACGCUAAUUUAUCAAUCAAAGCAGUCAAAUUCUUCUAGAGCCUCAACGUCUACGAUAACCGAAGAAUCUAGUGCAGAAAACGUAGUUAUGCCAUUAAAAGAAGUAACGAGCAAGCCUAUAGAAACUAUUAUAGCGAAGAAUGAAGCACAAAAUCAACGAAAAAUACGUUCUGAUAAGCUUCAAGCGUUGUAUAAAAGCGGACCGCGAGCAUUUUCCGGGCCUGUGGAGAAAGUGCUCAAAUGGCACAAGCUUCUAAAGGAAAUAGGAGUUUUGGUACUUUAUGAAAUUGUUGCGAAAUGUUUAAGAAUAAGACAAGGUAAACCUUAUGAGAAGAUUUUAGUGAUUAAAGAUGAAAUUGGACCAGCGAUGGAAGUUGUAUAUUACGAGAUAGAUUUUCUAUUGCCCGAAUUUACAAUACCUUGUACUGUUAGAGUGGUAGGUCGCAUGUUGUCGGGCUCAUGUCGGCUACAAGCGUACAGCGUGCGCGCGGCCACGGGCGACGACAUUGCCUCGCUGCCGCGCCGCGCCGCUGUCGCACAACACCACGUCGCCAAACUGGCGAAAGAGUACACACAAUAA